GACAAUAACCAACCUCCCGCUUUUUCCCCAGCCUCGUAAUUUAUUCCAAGGAACAUGAGCUGGCAACGCUAUCCAACACAGGAACUUUUUGACAGAGUCUUUUAAGUCUUAUCAAUUCGUUCCGGUAAUCUUUCACUUUGUGAAGCUCAAUUGACGAAUAUUUCGAUUCACGAUAACACUUUAUCACGGCUGAUGGUACGAGGCUGCACUUAGUUGGAUGUUGAAGUAAAUAAAACUUCAUCAUCUUCGAAUACCAACCCAAGACACGGCAUUUCCACGAAAAGAUAUCCAUCAUGCCUGUUAUAUCUUCUUACGUCUCCCCUCUCCUCAAACGGAACGCCGUUUCUUCUUUAUCUUCAUCUCCCGACACCGCUUCCUCCACAUCAAACAUCAUCGCCAAAGCUCUCACCGCACGCGAUGUAGGCCAGACAGUUGAUCCCUCUAGUGGUGUUACACCUUUCGAUACUGUUCCCAACAAAUUUGUCUUCAUCAUACUUGGAUUGAUUGGCGCUGGCUUUGUUAUCACUGGUAUCUGGUUCUUUUUCAUUGCCAAAAAUGGUGGAUUUGUCUUCCAUGAAAAUGAUUGGGAUGAUUAUAAGUCUACGGUCUUGAGACGCAAAGGUCCCAAUGGUACCACUCUUUCUGGAGGUUCAGAAGCUACGGAUCUUGGAGGCGGUAGUAUUGUACAUGGAGAAAAGAAGAGGAGCACAUGGGGAAGAAAGAACAAAAAGAGUAAGAGGGGUGGAAGUGGUAUGGAGAGAUCGAGAUACAAGGACUAUGAUGAGGAAGAGAGCUCACUCGGUACACAAAGUGAGGUCACUUAUAGCGAAAUGAGCGAGGUCAACUACCCACGAAAGGAAAAGAAGCAUAAGAAGAGCAGACUCCGCGGUGGGGACUUGGGCGAUGUACCUGAGUCUGAAUACGGCGACGACAUUGCAGAUCUUCGAGCAUACCGUCACGAGAAACCAGCACGAGUUGGCGGCAUGAACAGAGAAAGCGAAUCUAGUAUGUGGGAAGGAUCUACAAACCCUGAAGGCUCAACUGUUUCCGAUGGACUUAUACAAAACCGCGAGAGAUCUCCUGAGCGUGCCCCCGAGAGACCAAAGAAGAGUAACAACAAAGACAACUACAAAAUUCGAAAGGUUAUCGGAACGGUUCAAGGCCCACGUGCUGCUACUUCGACAAAGGAUGCUGGCGGUAGCUCGACUUUCUGGAACAGACAGAACACAACUAAGAAGAGUUCAAGACAGAGCGACGUCGGUUCAAGUGUAACGGAUGAUGAGAGAAUCAAAGCAGAAGCAAAGAAACUUCAAGAUAAGGGACGCGCAGCUCAACGUAGAGAUUUCAGUUUCCGCGUUGGUGACGAUAAUAGUUCCGCAGCCGGAUCUUCCCUCAUAUCAUCUGGUGACGCAGCGGCGAUAAGAGAACAAGAGCGCCGUGAACGAGAGGCGAGACGUGCUAGACGUGAAGCUAGGAAGAAAAGCAGAGAUCAAUCACAUUUAGCUCCACCUGCUUAUUCCGCUGCUGAGUCUAGUGUUGGCGGAAGCGAGUUGAGUAGUGUGAGGGAGGAUAGUGAGGUUAGUGGUGAUACUGGACAUAAGAGUUAUCCUUGCUUUAUUCCGGGUUUGAGUAGUGAGAGAGGUGGAAAUGAAACGGAUUACACAGAGGAUAGAAGGAAGAAGAGAAACGGGGGAUAUAGAAGGGAGUAAACGAUUUGACGAGUGAAAAAUGGUUGGGAUGCGAUGCUUGUAUGAAUUGGUCUGGGAUGGAUGGAGGCAAAUGGAAAGCAAAUAUUGGGACGAAAUACGAUACGAUGUUAUGCAUGCGAUGGUUGGAUGCACGGAUGGCCAGGCUUGUGGAUAUAAUGGGGAUGGGUAAUUUCAUAAUGAACCGUGGUUUUGCGUUUUUUACAGGGAGGGAGUUCACAUUACAUGGCCACGGCCUUUCCAGGAAUUGUAAGUGUAGUAUCACAGUUUUAGAUAGCAAACAUUUGGGUAUGCGAAUGAAUACAUAUGCAUGCACACA